AUGUAUAUUGUUUUAAUAUUUUAAUUGGCAUUAGCAGAAUUAUUUACAAUAAAAAAAGAAGAGUUAAAGACCUUAUUCGCGUUGCCUAUUAAUGGAUAGGAUUUCGAACUGCAAACAAACAAUGACGAAUGGAAUGUAUGUCAAUUGUAGGAGCAUUAAUUAAAAUUACAAUAUACUUAAUACGAUGGCAACAAUAAAAGCAACUUGGCUAUGUUAUCCCUUUCUUAGCACUCCAUCUUGGUGUUGACUGAUGAUCGACAGAUCAAUUAUUUUCAAGACCAAAUCCUUUUUUGGCAAUACGAGAUUCCUACAAGUAUAGAUAUUCAAAAUGCCACCAUGAGAUAUUGCUAAGUGACGUACCUUGUCUAUUUCAUAUCGAAUCAAGUAUAUCGAUUCAAUCCUUAUGAUAAAAAUUUCCAAGAAUUCGAAAUGUUCUUAAAUUACUAGCCUCAACAAAUAGAAAUAUGUGAUCAAUAUAUAUUUGUGCUCAACUAGGGCUUAAUUACUAUUUAUAGCAACAACGAUCAAGUUUACUAAAUUCAGAUGAAGAACUCAGACAACAUUACGCAUUUUGCUGUAAUAAAUAACAGUAACAAAAAUGGAUAUAACAUCUAUAUUUUGGACAAGUAAACAGGAUUGCAGAAGAUUGAGUGGAAUCUCACAACUCACACAAUAACUCAGUUGGAUUUAAUACAGAAUGGAUUGACUAUGGGCAUUUCUAAUGAAAGCAACAUUUACGUAGCAUAUAAGAGAUAAUAUAAAUAUAUUAUAGCUCAAUAUUAAAUAAUUGAUUCACAAUUACAGAUCGUUAGGAAAUUGCAGAGUAAGAAAAAAAUCCAGAAAAUCAUUGCAUUCAAAGAGUAUACGUUAUUUCUCACAAGCAAUAAAAUAGAUUUGCUUUACGAGAAUAAAAUAUAUAAGAUCCUAAAAUUUGGAAUCAAGGACAUUCAAAUAAUUGGUAAUAAGAUUAUGGGAAUAAGCUUUUUCGACAUAUUUUAGUAUCAAUUUGAACCAAUUCCUAAUUCUGUGUAAUGUUUUUAUCAUCUAGAUGAAGAGAUUCCAUACGCUUUGGAUUACUCAUUAACUUUCAAUGAAAUAAACAAGACCAUUCAUAAGAAAAGGAUAGAAUUUUCAGUUGAAGUAUUCAUUCAUAAAUCCAACACAAUGAAAAUAGUCUUGGGUUUCCUUCUGAGUGGAAUCCUAUUAAUGUUGAUCCUAUCAUAUACAUUCUUGACUCUAAAGUAAAAGAAUCUCUUAAUAAAUGAAAUGGAAUCCAAUCUCAAGAAAUUUAAAGUCAAACAAGUGCCACUCUUUAAAAGUUUGGAAUGUGUCAUAAGUCCCAAGGGAUAGCAUUCCAAACUUUAGAGUUUCGAUCAAACAUCCAAUUUUGAUUUAAAUAAGGUGAGAAACUGA